AAAAAAGUGAUUUGACUAAACAACAGUUAUUUGCGCGUGUGGACAGAUGUGUCAUGACAGGCAGAGAUGAUGGCAAUGAUUUCACAGGAUGUGUGGUUUGUUUUCGGCAAAUAGAUGAGGUGCGAUUUGUUUUUGUUUUUUUCAAUUUCAUUGCGUGCCGCGUGUGUAUCACAGCCGCCUCCGCAGACUGGGAAGUGGGCGGGCGUAUGUUGCUUUCGCAUUCCCUUCCAGUAUAACUUUGCGCGACGCACACGUAGUACCCAGAGGAGAUGUGUGCUCUGGUUUGUGGAUAAGUUCAGGUUCAACGAACGAGAUAUUUAAAAACAGCUAUCAUGGCUGGAAACGACACGCUCGGAGCCUGCGGGAAAAUCAACCAGAAGUUAACGCACGCCUUACUGCCGCCCGUCUUCGUCACCGUGUUCGUCGUCGGGACGCUGUCCAACAUCUGGGGGCUCCGGAGCGUGUGCGCCAGUUGGCGCAAAAUCGGGAGCAUCAACGUCUUCAUGCUGAACCUGGGGGUGGCGGACCUGCUGUACCUGGCCACCCUGCCCUUCCUCGUGGUCUACUACGCGUGCAAGAGCCAAUGGCUGUUCGGAUAUAUUUUCUGUAAGGUGACGCGCUUCUGCUUCAACCUCAACCUGUACGGCAGCAUCGGCUUCCUCACGUGCAUCAGCGUCUACAGGUACCUGGGCAUCGUGCACCCCAUGUGGGUGAUGGGGAAAAUCACCAGCCGCCACUCGCUGGCCGUCAGCGCCCUGGUCUGGCUGCUCGUCAUCAUUCAGAUCCUGCCCGACAUGUUCUUCGACAAGAACGAUGGGAAUCCGAACUCGUGUUAUGACACCACUUCGUUAGAGCAGAUCCGAGGCUACCUGCCGUACAGCAUCGGCUGGGCCGUCACGGGGUUCGUCGUGCCGUUGCUCAUCAUCCUGGUCUGUUACGGGCACGUCGUCGUGGUUCUCGCCACGAAUGCCAACGUCAACCCGCUGCUGAAGCAGCGGUGCUUGAAGCUGGUCGUGAUUCUGGUGAUACUCUUCUCCGUCUGCUUCAUCCCCUACCACGUGUUUCGAAACGCCAACCUGAUGACCAGGAUUAUGAAAGAAGAUGGGGAAUGCCACCCGAGCUUCCGUGGCAUCUACAUCGCGCAUCAGGUGGGCAGAUGCCUGGCGUGUCUAAACAGCGCCUUAAACCCGCUCAUUUACAUCGUCGGGAACGACGAGUUCCUCAUGAAGCUCCAACACCUCAGCGGGCGGGCCCGGCGGUCUCUGGCUGGCCUGACAGGAGCCGUCAUCUACCGCAAACCGCUGGACGCAGACCCGGAUUCGCCGUCGGAGACUCGCGUUAAUAACUCCGAGCUGAUGAAAGGAUGAGACGCACAAUCGAGUUCACUCUUAUUGUGCACCACCAGAACUCCCACAUUGCCGGGAACAAAGUACAAUGAUGGCCGAUGAUUAGCAGGAUAUAAAGACUAUCUC